UUCAGGUUGUUGGGCUAGCCACCAAGUACAGCAAGUACUACUUCCACACACGUCCUUCUCGCUCGCCACCAUGCUGGGCUUUCUGGACACCAUCGUUCUCCUUCUCUCCCUUGGCUUCUCUCUCGCAGUGCUUGUGCCCCUCAGUGGUGCCCUCGUCCGUUUCAGGGCCCACUACAAUCCCAAGGGCCUCCAGCUAGAUCCAGAGGGUGAUGUACAGCCCCAUACUGGGCCUGUCAUCUCCACCUAUUUCGGCAUGCUCAAACGCGUCUACAAGAUUGAGGGUGUUCCAGGUCUUUACAAAGGCCUCAUGCCCAGUCUCGUGUCGAGCGCGCUCAUCAUCCUCUUCAUGAUCGCAUUCUUAAGCGAGAGCAAUCUCCGCCACGGAACAUACACCGCUCCAGAUGCUGGUGUUCUUGGUACCCUCUUCUACAGUAUCUUCGCUAUGCUAGUUUCCCUCCCUCAGGUCAUUAUUACCAACCGCGCAAUUACGACUCCCGCCAAAUUGCCGUACUUCAAUGCCUUGUACUCUCUUCGCAUCCUGUUGACGCCCACUGAGCGCCGGCGCCCCUGGAUCCUGUAUCUCACACCUGGUCUUCUCGCCGUGCAGGUCGUCCACAUCGCAUACAUCGUCCUCUUCCUACGCACGCUCCGGAUGUGGAUCCUACCCGAGUUCUCUCCCAACAGCUUCCCGCGCCAAGAAGACUUCUCCGCCGUCCGCCUCGUCAUUUACUUCAUCAUCUCGCUUUCCAGCACGGCGGUCCUGACGCCUUUGGAAGUGAUAGCCAUCCGAUUAUCCAUCCAGCGCAACCACGCGGCGCCUGAAUACAACUCGGUGACACAAGAAGAGGAAGGCGACGCUGAAUAUUCGGCCGAGUAUGCCGGUGUUGAGGAGGACGUCAUUGGAUUGAGGACAGAGAGGGAACCUUACAUUGGGCUGGUUGAUUGUGCGAAGCACAUCAUCGAUGAGGAAGGCUGGUCUGCACUGUACCGCGGAUGGUGGAUAACGAUGUUGGGGAGCCUUGGCGGAGCGUUUUCAUAGUCGAAAGCAGAGGAUUGAAAUUUAUCUGACGCCAUGGCUCUUGAACGUUUGAACGUGCAUUAGCCUUUUGACGCCUUGCCACCUUGGAAUAUGUACGCCCAUUGUUACUUUGUAUGUAAAUAAUAAUAUCUGCCUCUCCUAUACGCUCGUGAUACUCGGUUUUGAUCUCAAUGAGAAGAUGACAAGUUUAC